GCCCGCUUCUGUAUGCCGGCGGCCGCCGCGAGGAGACGCUGUGGCGCCCACGCACCGUCGUCUCACAGGAGCGCAAGAUGGCGGCCACGGCGUUGCUCCGAGGCGCGUCUGUGGGGCGCGCUGGCCGGGCCUGGCGCUGGCAGCUUCACGUCGCUCUGAGGCACUACCCGGCCCACGGCUCCGGAGGGCCCGGAAGCGCCUCCGCCGACACCGCAGCCUGGACCUGCUUCCCGCUCCGCGAGCGCGCCCUGUUGCGCGUGCGCGGCCCAGAUGUCACGCCUUUCCUGCUGGGGCUGCUGACCAAUGAGCUGCCGCCUCUGCGGCCCGCUGCCGGCGCGGCCCAGCCCCCCGCGCGCGCGGCCUACGCACACCUUCUGAGCGUGCAGGGGCGCACGCUGUACGACGUCAUCCUAUACCGGUUGAGGGCGUCUGGUGGCGGGGGCGGGGGCCGGCUAGGGACUGCGCGCAGCGUGCCGCGCCUGGCUCAGGAGGCGCUCUUCGCAGGCUCGGCCCUCCUGUCGCCCCCCUCGGCGCGCGCCUCCCUGUCUCCUCGCGAGGCUGAACCCCACCGCCUCGGUGACGAGACCUGUCAGGACGACCUGACGGAGUCCGAAGCGGCCUGUGCUGUGCUGUCACGGCUGCGUCUCCUUGCUGCGGCGGGGGGUAGUGGACGCGGCUGCCGCGGCCCCCCACCCCUCCCGCGGCCUCGGCACCUCCUGGUGUCCUCGCAGAGUCCAUGGCAGGAUGUGUGGACCUCGGGCCCUGCCUGCCUGGUCUUCGUGCUCCUCCACCUCCCUGGAUCCCCCAUGGGGUACCGGGUCCGACGGAAGGUCCAGGUGGAGCCAUGGCCUGAGUGCUGUGUGUGGGCUGUGCUGCCUGCUGUCACUUGGGCUGGCCAGGCAGUGCCCUUGGAGGAGAGGGCAGAGGCCACCAGCAUUCUUACCCGUGACCCCCGGACAGUGAGCAUGGGCUGGCGGCUCCUCACACAGGACACAGGUCCAGCCUUGGUGCCUGGUGCCAGGCUGGGGGACCCCUGGGAUUACCAUGCACACCGAUACCAGCAAGGUGUACCUGAGGGGGUCCGUGACCUGCCUCCAGGGGUGGCCCUGCCCCUGGAGUCCAAUCUGGUCUUCAUGAAUGGUGUGAGCUUCACAAAGGGCUGCUACAUUGGCCAAGAACUGACUGCGCGCACCCACCACACAGGUGUUAUCCGAAAACGCCUCUUCCCUGUGCACUUAGCUAGCCCCCUCCCAGCUGGUGGCAUCGAACCUGGCACCCCAGUGCUGACUGAAUCGGGACAGACUGCCGGCAAGUUCAGGGCUGGACAAGGGACCCUGGGGCUGGCCCUGCUGCACACGGAGAGAAUCAAGGGGCCCCUCCAUAUCAAGACCUCUGAGAGUGACCUUGUGACCAUAACUGUGUCUGUGCCAGACUGGUGGCCCACAGCCACCAAGUAGUCUGGGUGGCUUGCUGUGCCAUUGGGGGACUUGGGGAGCACGCUGCCUGGGGAGGCAUCUGUGUGCUGUCACCAUCAUGCAUUGUACUCUCUCCCUGGGAGGGCUGUGGCAGUGGACAAAGAGAGGGGCCCAAGCCACCUGGGUGCCUGCUGAGCCCACUGUGUCCAGCUGGCAGUCCUGACCUGUCUCCCACACGGAGGGCAGUGGCCUGGGCCCAUGGGGUGGCAGGGGAUGGUGGUCAUGCCCAGGUGGAAGGUUUGGGGCAGGACCUGUGUGGUCACCUGUAGCAGGACUAACCCAACGGGUGGAGAGUCUGUGUGGCCUUUCUGAGCUCCCUCUGUACCCUGCAGCUUGCUCUGUCCUGGGCUCUGUCCAGGGGCCUAUGCCAUCCCACAUAGCAGGUCCCCAGACACCUGCCCACCACUGUGCCUUUCUCCCAGAGCCGGCAGGGGUUCUACCCAACUCUUGCUGCUGGUACGGGUGUCACCGUGCAUGCCUUAGGCCCCCUACCUGGUGGAAAUCCCAGCUUCCACCCUGAGCUCUGAGUGACUGUUAAAGUGUGCUGACAAACAGCC